AUGGAUCACGGACGCGACCCCUGCCCCUAUGUCAUUCUCAAUGACUUUGGUGGUGCUUUCUGUAUGGGUGCCAUCGGUGGUACUAUCUGGCACGGUAUAAAGGGUUUCCGCAACUCCCCCUACGGUGAGCGACGUAUUGGCGCCAUCACAGCCAUCAAGAUGCGUGCUCCAGUUCUAGGUGGUAACUUUGGUGUUUGGGGUGGUCUUUUCUCAACGUUCGACUGCGCCGUCAAGGGCGUGCGCCAGAAGGAGGACCCUUACAAUGCCAUCAUUGCCGGUUUCUUCACUGGUGGUUCCCUUGCCAUUCGAGGUGGUUACAAGGCUGCACGAAACGGUGCCAUCGGUUGUGCCGUCCUUCUCGCCGUCAUCGAGGGUGUCGGUAUCGGUUUCUCCAAGAUGCUCGCCGGCAGCACCAAGCUAGAAGCUCCCCAGCCUCCUCCUCAGGAGGCUACCCUGUGA